GAGAGAGAGAGAGAGAGAGAGAGACCCAGGGAGAGAGAGAGAGGGAAUGAGAGACCGUGUCUCCUUGCAGGCUGCUGCUGUUGCUGUGCCAAUGCGCAAACAGUCUACGCCGUGGGAUAGGUCUCCCCAAAUUGAGGCUGCGCUCGAAACGAUCAUGCGAUUGAAUGACGAGCGCGUCAUGCUUGUCUUCCUCCUCUCCUGCUCUGUGCGAUCAGUGGCUCUGUGUUCCGCAAUCCCCUGGGAUACUGUACCGCCCUCGAUGGCUCUGCUAUCGGCGCUUCGCUCACACUGAAUGGCUGCCCGGAGCGAGGAAAAGCGGGGAGAGAGAGCGCCGCGUCUCCUCCUUUGAACCAACGCUCUGCAUCAACUUCCCAGCGAGGGGACCCUUUGGUGGUGUGCGUAGGCGCACCAUGGCCCAGACCCUCCAGAUGGCGAUCCCAAACUUUGGCAACAAUGUUCUAGAGUGUCUGAAUGAGCAGCGACUGCAGGGCCUCUACUGCGAUGUCUCCGUGGUGGUCAAGGGCCAUGCCUUCAAGGCUCAUCGAGCUGUUCUAGCUGCUAGCAGUUCUUAUUUCCGGGACCUCUUCAGCAGCAGCAGCAACGUUGGAGGUAGCAGCAAUGAGAGCAGCCCAACCAUAGUGGAGCUCCCGCCGGCAGUGCAGCCCCAGAGCUUCCAGCAGAUUUUGGCUUUCUGCUAUACAGGCCGUCUCAGCAUGACGGUGGGGGACCAGUUUCUCCUCAUGUAUACAGCCGGCUUCCUGCAGAUCCAACAGAUCAUGGAAAAAGGCACUGAAUUCUUCCUCAAGGUCUCGUCCCCCAGCUGUGACUCUCAGGGCCUUCACGCAGAGGAGGCCCCACCCUCUGAGCCCCAGAGCCCCGUAACACAGACCAGUAACAGCGCAGCCCGGCCUGCCUCCUGCCUGACGCCGCUUCCUCUGGUAUCGCGAGUGAAGACAGAGCAACCAGCCAGCCAGCCGGAAGCAGCCACUCCUUAUUCGGUGGUCUGCACUCCUGUGGCCAAGCGGCUGUGGGAGGGCGGCAGCAGUCGGGAUGGAGGCGGGGGGGGCUCAGGGGGUGGUGGUGGGGCCAGGAAGGCAGCCCGUUAUUCCCAGGAGGCAGUGCGGGGCAGUGCCAUCCAGAGCCCCGGAGCCCUCGGACUGGCCAUGGGCAUGGGCGCGACUGCAACCAGCCUGGCGGGCAUGGUGGCCAGUGGCGGGCUUAGCGGCAGCGCCAGCACCAACGGGAGCUCUGCAGCAGGACUCGGCAUGUCAGAGGGUGCCAGCCCCGGCACCCUCAGCACCUAUGCUAGUGACUCACCCAUCAGUUACCAUGAUGAUGAAGAAGAGGAAGAGGGGACAGAUGAAUGUGCUGAAGAGCAGUAUAGGCAAAUCUGCAACAUGUAUACCAUGUACAGCAUGCUCAACAUGGGAGCUGCAGCUGCUGGCGAGCGUGUUGAAGCUCUACCAGACCACACAGAGACACGGGGUCGGAUGCGAGGUCGAGAUCUGACAUGUCUCCCCGCAGAACUCGUCGCUCAGAUAGGCAACCGCUGUCAUCCCAAACUGUAUGAGGAAGGAGACCCUGCUGAGAAACUAGAGUUAGUCUCAGGUACUUCUGUGUAUAUAUCGCGAGCCCAGCUAAUGAACUGUCAUGUGAGCGCAGGAACCAGACACAAGGUGCUGCUGAGGAGGCUGCUGGCCGCCUUCUUUGACAGGAAUACUCUGGCCAACAGCUGUGGAACAGGCAUCCGCUCGUCCACCAACGACCCGAGCCGCAAGCCCCUGGACAACAGAGUGCUGCAUGCGGUCAAAUUUUAUUGCCAGAACUUCGCCACCAGCUUCAAAGAGAGCGAGAUGAACGCCAUCGCGGCCGACAUGUGCACCAAUGCGCGGCGUGUGGUCCGUAAGAGCUGGAUCCCCAAGCUGAAGCUACUGAUGGCCGAGAGCGACGCCUACUCUGCUUUCCUCCCCGAUGGCGUCAAGACGGAGGACGACGCCCUGGGAGCCGAGCAGGCAUUCGACCCCGCCUCUCUGGAGGCCACCGCCGGUGCUGGCAUGGAGUCGGGUGGCUCUUCAGGUGAAUCACUACCGGGUGUGGGCGGGGACGGAGGACCGUUAUUUUGAACACUGUGUCUGGGGAAGGUUGCAAUUUGGUGACACACAUACCAGUAUUCCCCAGUUCUGCUUGCCUCCUCACUCUUUGGCCCACGCUGAUCUCUCACAUUUGACUGUCUAUACUACACUGCUGGGGUCAACGGUUGUUGUUGCCCUGAUGUAACCAGGACGUGAAAACUUAAUUUUUUUUUUUUUUUUUUUUGCUUUAUGACUGUACAAUGGAGUUAGUCGAGGAAUGGGAGAGAGUUAGUUUUCUCCUAACUGCCCUCUGCCUCCCCUUGUCUUUUUAAGGUGUGUAAGCGCAUCCACUGUUGCAUAUUGAAUACAUUCCCUGAUGUGCGGGUGGUGGGGGAGAGUUACCGGUACAGCCUGGAAGAGGAGGAGGAGGAGGAAGGGGAUGGUUGAUGGGACAGGCUAAUAGUAGAGGUGGCGAGUAUAUUGAAUGUAAGUGUCAGUGGCAUUUCUCUCUAUGCAAGCCUGACAACUUGUGUUUUUGCCACUGGGGAAAGGAACUAAAUUUAAAAGAGAUACAUUAUUAAAAUAAAUAAACACUACCUGCUCUUCCUCCCCCCCCUUGCAUCUUCCACCCAUCACCCUGCAAGUAUUCUUCACCCCACCUCACCUUUCUUGAGACCAGAGAAUCUCACCUGAGUGUUUUCACUGUGUGGUAUCUUAUAGAAAUAUAUCUCAUCUUUCUGUUUCCUAAAUUUUUAGCACGUUUGUCUAUAAACUGAAAAGUGAUCCAGAGAGAGAAGGAAAAGCUUUUUACUGAGAUGAUUGUAAAGAAAAUUGAAGGUAAUCAAACAGGUAAUCAAAGAUGGUCAUAUUUUUAGAAGACAAACUAUAUUUAUACAAGUGUCCAUGUCUAGAAUGGCGUGAGCGAAGAGAGUGAGAGGGAUUGUUUUAAAAUCUCGAUCUUCAUGUUUUAUUGAAAGAGGUCUUGUCAAACAAGGAGAAGUGCUAUUUUUGCAGAAAAAAGGAGUAUAAUAAAGCAGUCUUAUCAUAGGACCCAUAGUCAUUUAUUUUUAUCUUUAUUUUACAGUGCGGAGUGAUGGAAUGAGCAGUUGAACUGCUAUAUUUGAAGCAUUUCAUCUUCUGUUCACUAGCUUAAAAGGAAUAAUAAGACUGAUUCAGCUGGCUUGACUGUUGUCUAUGAUAAACAUUUCUUGUUAGGUUAUAAACCUGCAACGUUUGCCUCCUUCGAUAAAACUUUGGCCCACAAUUUUGACGAUUAAACGUAGAAAGCCAAAAAGUGUAUUGUAGAAAGAUAAAGGUUACAUUGGUCUGAUAACUCUGCUAGCUUCUUCUUUGUAUUGAAAUAAUUGAAAAGAGAAAAACAACUGCUGACAUUUUGUGAAAAUGCAAAAGUCACAGGAAAUAAUUCUGGAAUAUUGGAAUGUGCCUUUGAAAUGAAAUCAAUAAGCAGAAGGCUGGUGGGUAAAGUGAUGUCAAGGAGGAGGCAAUAUUGCUUUAAGCAAAUAGGUUUUAUGGUACUAUCCAUGUGAGCGUGAGACAUAGUUCUUUGGUAAAGAAGGAGAGUCUGUAUUUCGCGGCUGUGACUUUUGGUAUGUAGUUUAUUCAUGUAUCUAAUGCACCACCUCUUUAAUAAGGAAAUUCAAAAUGGCUGACGGUUUUAUUUUGGAGUUUGAAAUGAUUUUUGCACCUUCCAUGUGAGGUAGAGUGGAGGUUUCUGCACCUUAAUGAGAAGAACCAGUGGUUCAUGCACCUUUUGGGAAAUGUUGUGUAGCAAUCGAACCCCCUUUAGGUGGAAUUUGUCUUUUUUUUUUCCAUUUCUACCUGUGUUUCUUGUUUCUAAAGUGGCACAAACUCCUACUGUAAAUAAUCAAGAAGACUGUUGAGUUAAAUCCCAAGUGUUCCUCCUUUCUGUUGCUGCGUGUGUCUGAUUAUGACAUGUCAAAAACUGACCUUUUUUUAUGUGAAACUUAGUGUUUGCUAGAAACUUUUUGAAUGCAUGUUGACUCGUAGAACGGAGGUCAGUACAGGGGAUUCAUUAUUCCCGUUACAGGUGGAUAUAUGGGAAAGUGGUCAGAGUCUGACUUAGGAAUGUGCUCUCAACCUGAAAUGCUCUCACAGACGACUGAUUACUCUCUCCUUCUGGAAAGGCAUUUCUAAAAAGCUUCUAUUUUUCUGAAGACUGGUACAGUGUAAAAACAGAGAAGGAAUAUGUGCUUCUUAUUCAAGGCAGUUGAGUCAAUCUUAUUGAAAAAUGAACUAUAAGCACGAUAGAUAUAGCUCAACCUAUUUUCAUUAUUGUUUAAAAUUAUAAAAAAAAAAAAAAAAACAUUUACUUAGGUGCUUUGACCGUGAGAUUUGUGGAAAGAACAAAAAUGCAGUACCUUGUAAGUAUUCAGUAAGGGUAAUGACAAUAAAACCUCAAUUUUGCAUUUGACUGUAGAUGCCUCAUGAGCACCCCUCCCCCACAUACCUCCUCAAUAUCUUUGAAGACUGUUGUGCUUCCUGUCCUUUAUGCAGCUGGUGUCAUGUUUCACUUCCACAAGAUUAUUCAUGUGUUUCAGAGAGGCAAAGCAGUGGUUUUAGGUAGUUAAAUCAGAAUUAUAAUAAGUAUAUGUAAUUUGCUUAGAGGCUUUCAAGUGGUUUUUGAAUCAGGGCCCAAAGUCUACGGUUCAACACAUUUUUUAAAAUUAUGACAGUACUUAAGUUAGUCUUUGGCAGUUGUGUUGAAGUUACCAUCAUCCAUUAAAUAGUUUGCUGGGAUAUGACAUGAUGUUAUGUGGAAAACCUGUCAUUUAAAGAUGAAGAUUUUCAUAAAACUGAAAGCCCUAGAAUGCUUUACUUAAGACUCUCAAAAUAAAUCCACUAUAACAGCCGAUCAGAUUCUUAGAUAAUUGCUUUGAACACAGUGAGUUAAAAGACCAAUAGAGUCCAAUCACAAGCCUCUGAAUUUAAUGUAGGGAGUUUUGAUAUCUCAUUGAGCAUAAUGUCUUUUGAAUAUGUCAAUGUUCAUGCUUAAAAAAAAAAAUGGGCAUGAAAAUAGCCAAAUUAUUGUCCAGCCAAGAUGCCUGGGUUUAUUUCCAUAAUCACAGGAUUGUCAAUGAUUGUGUCGCUCAGAAGGGUAUAAUUACCACUGACACUCAAACAAAAGACAGCGAGUCUCAGAUAGAAAAAAAUUAAGAUGAGAAAAAAAACACAAAGUAGCUUUUAAUGACGUAGAGCAAGAAGUAACAAGGGUUUAAAUUAGCUGUUACCAUGUUACACGAUAACCUAUUGAAUCACUUAUACUUCAUUCUGAGUCACUGACUAGAGCUGAAAUAUCACCAGUGAAUGGUAUUUAUUAUAAGGAAGCCAUAUUACUCUGCUCUUACAAAACAGCAGCCCAGCCCAAAUACAGAAAUAUCCACACUGCACCAAUGACUAAUUCAGAAUAUAUUGCUGUUGCGCUUCAUGAAGCUUCAACACUGGUUUUAAGGCUUCUGUUGUGAUCAGUUGAAUCAGCUAAUUAGAAAUAACCAUGGUUAUCGGUACAAGUCAGGGGAUUUACCUCUGGUCAGCUUUCAGGGCCAACUCUACUUAUGACUCAAUAAAAGUCCCACACUCACAACCUACUGCACUGUGCUUCAUCUGGAAUAGUCGUGCAAGGAUGGUUGUUUUGCUUUGUGCGCGUUUGAAAACAGAAGGCUUUAGUGCUUUUUUUUUUUUUUGUUGUUGUUGUUGUUUUGUUUUCAAUACUUUGUAAGCAAAUGUAAUUUCUGUACCUUUCAGCAUAUGUGUUUACACUUCACAAAACAUGUAGACCUACACACUUGAAUGGAUAAGGUGUGGCAUGGCAUGGGGAACCUUUUUGUCACUAAACAGUACAUAUAUAAAUAUGAUUAUAUACAUGUAUAGAUAAAUACUGUAUAUUAUAUAUAGAUGCACACAUAGAGGUCAGAUUGUUUGUUGUGCACUCGCAGCAUGAGGUAUAUAUUUACCUAGAAACAGCGCUUCUUCACAACCUGUGCAGUAAUUGGUCUGCCCAUGUCUUUUCCCCUGCGCCUUGCCCUCUGUAACCCUGUAGCGCCAGUUGACCUCCUGUACUGCUCAUCCUAUUCUUUCUGUGUUCCAAGUGCCAAUAACUUUGUGAAAGCCCUGUAACUGUGACCCAAACAUUAUCAAAGGUAAUUGCACAUUAACGACUGUAAAAUAAAUAAAUACAAAUCAUAGAGAAAAUGUCAAAAUGGAUUAAAUAAUGAAUAUCUUAAUAAAAGAUUUGUAACAAUUUC